ACUGCUGUUGGUCUCUUGGCAGGCCGGACACAAUCGAGUGGAGAAUUUGGAUCAUGCGAUCGAAUGUUGGAAGCGCCUUGUGAAACAAAAUGGACAUGGAAGGCGUGCAGGGAGUGUUGAUCGAUGAGAGUUUGCUGUUCAAAUCAGGCAAAGUUCUGCACUUCCAACCUGAUGCGCACCAGCUGCUGAGUCGCUUGCAGUACUCCCGAUUGUGUCUGGGACUCCUUCAAAGAGAAGACGAUUAUGAUGUGGGUUCUAACAAGGAAUUUCUGCUCCGGGACAUUGGAGUUGCAGAAUCCCUACGAUAUGUAAGGUUGCUUUCAAAUUCCUCUCCGACAGAGGCUUUGAUGACAGCAGGAUGGGCUGUACCUUUUACAUCAUCUGUUUAUAUUACUGGUCAGCAUCCCCAUCGAGUUGACGGGGAUCUCAGUAGCCAAGGCUGGAAAGUUAUCAGAGUUGCUGCACAACCUUUUGCAGGACUUGGAAAUGGGGACACAGAUGGCUCUUUACUAACUGUGGAACAGCUUUAUGAGAUUCCUGCUGCUCUUGCAGUGCUCAAUAAGAGGGCAUUGAAGGACAGGAUCGUGGUGGUUGGGUAUACAAUGAAAUGGAGCCGAGAGUUGGAAUUUCUUAAGAGGGGUGCCUUACCAAUGCUUCGAAAUAGCUAUGGGCUUAGUUUCGUAGCUCUCCAGUUAAAUCAACCAUUAGAGAAACAGCUCUUGGCUGUGGACGUUAUUCUUCAUAAAGCUACUGAUGAAAUUGUGAGCGUCAAUCCUGGACACUUCGGGACCUUGGCUUCAAUCGAAUUUUCUCAGGGGAUUCAAAACCUCCAAAGUUAUUUGCAGGAGCAUGCAGAAAUAUGUGUGAUAGAUCCCAUCGAGCGGAUUUUGCCACUCCUGGACCGUGUUUCAACACAGGCAAUUUUGAAAGGUCUGAAAAUACCUGCUCAGCAGAUUAUCAGGCCCCCUCGUUCCGUGGAGGUAACUUCGUUUGAAGAGCCACUGCUGUCACAAGCACUAGGCUCACAAAACGUGGUGCUGCCAACAAUUGUGAAACCCCGAAUUGCUUGUGGAGCCUCGGAGUCCCACUCUAUGGCCAUUGUGUUCGAUCUCAAUGGCUUCAGAGGACUCCCAGUUCCUCUGCCAGCCACUAUCCAGGAAUACGUUGACCAUGGAGCGUUCCAGUACAAGAUGUACGUGGUUGGCAGUAAACUUUUGUAUUCACGUCGGAAAUCCACUCCUAACGCGUCCAGACUUGCUGCCGGCAAUGAGGGUUCUCCUGUAAUAUUGUUUGACAGCUUGAAGUCACUUCCGGUAGAAGCGGACAUGGAGAUUCCACAAGGGCAAGGGGCUCCUGAGGAGUCGAGCGAAUUGGACAACGAGGCUGUACAGAUGGCGGCCAGCUGGCUAAGUAAGAAGCUGGGAUUGACGAUCAUAGGCUUCGACAUCGUGGUGCAAGCAGGAACGAAGGACUACGUAAUUGUUGAUGUCAACUACUUUCCGUCGUUCAAGGAUGUAGCGGACGAAGAAGCGAUUCCAGCGUUUUGGGAAGCCCUCGUGACAGCUUUUGGUCAGUGGAGCAGGUCAAGAUAGCGCUCAGAGCUCCUUCAUGCUCUCACUAAACACUCUCAACAAAUGAAUUUUGAUGUCGAUGGAUCCCAAAGUUAACCUACACUGUAGACUGCAGCAAGCCAAUAAUCCAUUUCAAGCCAGACUUAUGCGUUAUUGGUC